AUGGAUGUUCACGAGGAGGAGAAGACAAAGAAAAAAGGACUGGAAGAAAAGCCCAAAAAACAAGGGAAAAAAGAUGAGGAGAGUCAGAAGGAAGAAGACAAACCAAGAACGGAAUUUGAUAGAAGAGAAGGAAAGAAAGAGACCGAACCAAAAAGGAGAAAUGCUUCCCAAGUGGGUUCUGCAUCAGCCUCUGAUUCUGAAGAGGAUGGAGGACAGCAUGAAGUUGAUAAGAAGAAAAAAGGAGGAAGGAACUUUCAAGGAGCUCAUAGAAGAAACGUGUUACAAGGCCAACAUGAGAGAGAACUGACAGAAAGAAAGUGUAAGCAAGAGGAGCAGAUGGAAGCUGAGCUGCAAAAUAAAGAAGAAGGCAAGAAACCAGAAGUUAAGAGGAUGGAGAAGAAGAGAGAAACAUCAAUGGAUUCUAGGCUUCAAAGGAUACACGCAGAAAUUAAAAACUCGCUCAAAAUUGAUAAUCUUGAUGUGAACAGGUGUAUUGAGGCUCUUGAUGAGCUUGCUUCCCUUCAGGUCACGAUGCAGCAAGCUCAAAAGCACACAGAGAUGAUUUUGACUCUAAAGAAGAUACGGAAGUUCAAAGUUAGCCAAGUUAUCAUGGAGAAAUCUACAAUGCUGUACAACAAGUUCAAGACCAUGUUUCUAGUUGGAGAAGGUGAUUCUGUUCUUUCACAGGUGCUAAAUAAAUCACUUGCUGAGCAGAAGCAGCAUGAGGAAAUCAAAAAAUCUAAGGAACAAUGGAAGAAACGACCAAAUAAAAAAAUGGAAAAGGAAAAAGAACAAACAGGUUUGAAGACACUAAAUGGAGAGUCUGAAGAAACUCAAGACAUCAACCAAUCACAACACAGUGGAGAGAACACUGAGGAAAAGAAAGAGAAGCAUGAAGUUAUCACUAAGAAAAAAGUUUUCUCCUCAAUUUUAUAGAAAUAAAAU